CUUCCGGUCAACGCGGAGGCGGAAGCAGCGGCGGCCUCGCGCGCGGCGCGGCGCAAAGUCCCUCACAAGUCGGCAAACCCGUUUCCCGGAAGUCCCAUCACAAGUCGCCAGGCCGACAGCUCCAUCUCACCUGCUCGGCGGCUCAUCGUGCACAUACAUAUACCUCACGCGGCUCACGCGGAAGCAGAGUCUGAGCAAAGAGAUCGAGCAGAGCAGAACAAGGCAGACGGGGAGAGAAGAAAGAAAUGGAGGCCAGCGACCAAGGAGCAGGAGCAGGAGCAGCCGGCGCCACCGCCGCGGCCAAGCGCCCGACGCCGCCGCCGCUGCCGCUCUCGGUGCGGAUCCAGCUGGCGGGGCUCACGGUGGCGAUCGACGCCGUGGAGCGCAGCGACGGCACGGUCAACCGUUGCCUCUACGGCGUCAUCGACCGCCUCCUGAGCGCGCGCCCGAGCCCGCGCCCGGACAGGUCCGGGGUCCGCUCCUACGACGUGACCAUGGACGCGUCCCGGGGCAUCUGGGCGCGCGUCUUCGCGCCCGCCGCCGCCGACCGCCCGCUCCCCGUCGUCGUCUACUACCACGGCGGCGGGUUCGCGCUCUUCUCCCCGGCCAUCGGGCCCUUCAACGGCGUGUGCCGCCGCCUCAGCGCGGCGAUCGGCGCCGUCGUCGUGUCCGUCAACUAUCGCCUCGCGCCCGAGCACCGGUGGCCCGCGGCCUACGACGACGGCGUCGACGCGCUCCGUUUCGUCGACGCCAACGGCGUCCCGGGGCUCGGCGCCGAGGUCCCCGUCGACCUCGCCAGCUGCUUCCUGGCCGGGGAGAGCGCGGGCGGCAACAUCGUGCACCACGUCGCCAACCGCUGGGCGGCGCGGUGGCAGGCGUCGGCGAAGCGCGUCCGGGUAGCCGGCAUCUUCCCCGUGCAGCCCUACUUCGGCGGCGUGGAGCGCACCGAGUCGGAGCUGAGGCUGGAGGGCGUGGCGCCCGUGGUGAACCUCAAGCGCUCCGACUUCUCGUGGACGGCGUUCCUGCCCGUGGGCGCCACCCGCGACCACCCGGCGGCGCACGUCACCGACGAGAACGCCGACCUGGCGGAGGAGUUCCCGCCCGCCAUGGUGGUGGUCGGCGGGUUCGACCCACUGCAGGACUGGCAGCGCCGGUACGCCGACGUGCUGCGGCGCAAGGGGAAGGAGGUGCGGGUGGCGGAGUACCCGGACAUGUUCCACGGCUUCUACGGCUUCCCGGAGCUCCCCGAGGCCACCACGGUGCUGCAGGACAUGAAGGCCUUCGUCGACAGCCACAGGGCCACGCCCAAGCCCGCCGCCGCGUGAUGAACUCAACUCUGUGUUGGUUGAUCCAUUGUCACAACUAAUAAGUGCUAAUCACGUGGUAAUAAGAAACAAAAUGAUUCAUCUUUUCCCUUUU